CGGCCUCGGCCCGCCGCGCCGCCCUCAGACCAGCUCCGGCAGCCGCGCCGCCUGGCCUUUCGUUUGCCUUGUUCUCCGCGGGCCGUGGGGGCUCCGCGCCGCGGCUGUUAGUCAUGUCGGUUAUUCUUCCUAUGGAAAUCAAGGCAGUCAAAGCUAUGGACAAACAUCACAAAGCUAUUCUGGCUAUGGGCAAACGACUGAUUCUUCGUAUGGACAAAACUAUGGUGGUUACUCCAGUUAUGGACAAAAUCAAUCAGGUUAUUCACAGUCCUAUGGUAAUUAUGAGAAUCAAAAGCAGAGCUCAUAUGGCCAACAAUCAUAUAAUAACCAGGGACAACAAAACACGGAAUCAUCAGGAGGCCAAGGUGGAAGAGCACCUUCGUAUGGCCAGUCUGACUAUGGUCAGCAAGAUUCUUAUGACCAGCAGUCAGGCUAUGAUCAGCAUCAAGGCUCAUAUGAUGAGCAGUCAAAUUAUCAGCAACAUGAUUCCUAUAAUCAAAACCAGCAGUCUUACCAUUCACAAAGGGAAAACUAUAGCCACCACACACAAGUGUAGUGGUGGUGACCGCGGUGGCUUCAAAAAUUUUGGUGGUCACAGGGAUUAUGGGCCCAGGCCAGAUGCUGAUUCAGAGUCUGAUAAUUCAGAUAACAACACAAUCUUUGUGCAAGGACUUGGGGAGGGUGUGUCUACAGAUCAAGUAGGAGAAUUCUUUAAGCAAAUAGGAAUUAUCAAGACUAACAAAAAGACUGGAAAACCAAUGAUAAAUCUUUACACAGACAAAGACACGGGAAAGCCAAAAGGGGAAGCAACAGUAUCAUUUGAUGACCCUCCAUCAGCUAAGGCGGCCAUUGAUUGGUUUGAUGGAAAAGAAUUCCAUGGAAACAUCAUUAAAGUGUCGUUUGCUACCAGAAGGCCUGAAUUCAUGAGAGGUGGUGGAAGUGGAGGUGGACGACGAGGCCGUGGAGGCUAUAGAGGCCGUGGAGGUUUUCAGGGGCGAGGUGGAGACCCCAAGAAUGGGGACUGGGUUUGCCCUAAUCCGUCAUGUGGAAAUAUGAAUUUUGCUCGAAGGAAUUCCUGCAAUCAGUGCAAUGAGCCUAGACCGGAGGACUCUCGUCCCUCAGGGGGAGAAACGACUACAGAAAUGAUCAGCGCAACCGACCGUACUGAUGACUGUUUUGAAAAUUCCUUUGUCUCUGACAUGAUCCGUAGUGGAAUUCAAGAGUUUGCCUGCUGCUUUCCUCAUGGCCUCUUGGGUAGUGAAAUUGACAUUUGGGUUUCUAUUUGGGUGGGAGGGCUGGGGCAGUUUUCCUUUUAGAAACAUCCAUUGAAAUUCUCCCUUUUAGUUUCCCACCUUCUCUUUCCUAACCCUUAAAGCUAAGUGCGUUGUAAAAUAUUGCCAAAAUGGAAAGUGUUUUGUAAUACUACAAUAAAAGCUGCUUGUUUUUUUGUGGACAUUGA